AUAAAGUUGUAAAUAAAAUAUUUGUAAAAAUGAUGUAGAUUCACCACCAAAAUGCUUGGUAUAUGUAAAUGGAACUAUUGGAGGAAAAGCAAACAUCACUGCAAAUAAAAAAACUAAAUGUUACAUGAAUGGUAGGACAAUAAAAUACUGAUAUAUCCGUCGAAUAAGUUCAAAUAACCAAUACACUCAGUUUCGCUGCUUUUGAAAAGCUACAUCAAGCCAACGCCAAGCGCACCGGCAAUUAACAAAGAAAUUACAUGUAAAUGCAAACAAAGAAAAAACAAAUUUUUUCUUAUAAAAGGAACUAAAAAUGAACUCCGAAAGUAGCGAGUUGGAGUCAUCUAACAAUGGACACGUUAUAUUUCACACCGCUCAAAAUCCCAGUACAAUGGGUUCAUUGUCCGGAGUUCAUAUGACAAGUUCUAAUGUGACCGUCAACAAUGCAAAUGCCAAUCUAAAUAACGCAAUGGGUUCUAUAGCAGGAAUUACACGUGUCAGCGCAGCAACAGAUGUUAGUAGUGAGGCGAAUUUAAAUAGCGAAAUGGUUGCACCACCGGGAGGAAUUGUUGGCAAGUUCAGUGAAAAACCUCAAGAGCGCUACGUAUGGGAAAUGCGCACACGAAGUCCAAAUGUUACACCAGCUAGCACUGUGCUUAAUUCUCCUGACUUGAAUACGGAUGUGCAAUAUGCACUGCAUCAUCAGCAUCGACAGCAUCAUCAUCAGAUAAGAGUAGGCCGCAGCCCCGGUAGUCAAUUUGAACAGCAGAAUGUGAUGCCACAAGGUCUCGCCAGCCCAGGAGGGUCACCUACAGAUGUCGGUAAAGUUGGUGUCCAAUGCUUGCGCGAUGGUGAAAUAGUGGUAUUCGAUGAUAUUGACACCAAUUGGAUGAAUAAAACCAAUACUUCCGGGUUUUCAAAUACCAUUAAUAGCUCAAUACAGCAUACGAACAGUGUUCCAGAAGGCUACACCUCAGUGCAUCAUCAACACAAUAAUGAGGAUAUUUUGAAGGUCACGAAAAUGAUAGGCCAGCUACCAAUUGCCGAGUAUGAAGGUUCCCCACGUCGCUUUGGCAAUCAACCACUAGGCAGUACCAAGCAGACAGGCACUUGUGCCCUACCCAAACGUCCGCCAGGUUUUCCACAACGCGUGUCACCAAUUGCAGGUCCACAGCAAUACGCCUCCAUGCAACAACAACUAAUGCAACAGGAGAUUAAUUCACGUUCGACACAAUGUGCACAACGGAUCUUACAGCAGCAACAGCAGCAUUAUUAUUCGACUACACCGACGUCAUUAAUUGGGUUGAAUAACUGUCGUGAUAAUAAAUCAGUUGGCAAUUUAAUUGACAUUGACGAAAGGAGUACACCCGGUAUUGAUGGGGCUCAAGUUAAGACGCCAGCUUUUGAUUACUUGUAUGAGUGUUCGGAAACGCGCAAAGUGCUCGAGGACUUUUUUAAAGCGAAUUCAGAAGACGAAAAACGUUUUACGGACUACACUGAAAGUGGCGAUGACGUGGGAAGUUGUGAUACCCAUAUGGAGUAUGAACAAGAACGCGAACGUGAGCGAGAAGAGGGCAAACAUAUAGAACAGGCGUACAUAGGACAACGCUUAGCUAGAAUACCCAAAGAGGAAUUAAAUAUGAUUCACCGUUCGCCUCGCAAGCAACCCUGUGAGUCGGUUUACAAUGAAAACAACGACAUUGAGUUGUACAUAGAUUCAAAUAGUCGAAGCAGUGGAGAUUUGGCCGACACAGAAUUGGAAGCAAAUCUACGCCGCCAUUCGCGCAACUUUACUCUUUCGCCUGAGACCACUGAUUACGACUCAAAUUGCGGUGAUCUCGACAGUUUGUCAAACGACAUCAAUUGCCCCACGGACUAUGGCAAAUUGUACACCAGCAUGCCGGUACUAGAGGACGGUUUAUCGAGCGGCCACGCCUCGGAUACGGAAAAUAAUGUAAAUACCGCCGUAGAGAAUGAAAAACAAAUAUUUGACAGCGGCUGUGCGGAGAAUUGCCCGACGCAGUCACAAUCGCAUCAAUAUCAAGUACAACAGCAGCACAAAGCCCCUACAAUGUUGCAAAAUAAUGAGUAUAACGCGAGUUUCUCACACGAGUGCCAUGAUAGUUGCAUGUCAAACACUUUGGGGAGUACUAUUCCGAUGGAUGGCCAUUUAAUAAACGAUUUAGCUGAUGUUCCUGAAAAUAUUAUUCAACAACAACAACAACAAACACAUCAGCCAGAUCAACAGUUGUGCAGUCAUGAACUAAUGCACAACGACAGCAGUUGCUGCAACAACAAUUCUGAUAUUUGUUUGAACACAUCGAAUGAGCUGAGCCAUAACGAUUCUAAUUACGAUGCAGUCUACGCACCGGCCAUGACCACACAACAAUCUCCACCACCACCGCAAGCAUCUGUGGCAUAUCGACAGUGCGUUCGCACAAAACAGCAACGCGAGUCAGCUGAUAUACAGGAGGCGAUGAAGGAGAUACGGUCGGCGCUGCAGCGUGCUAAAACGCAGCCAGAAAAAUUAAAAUUCUGCGACGAAGUACUACCGCCCGAUCCAGAAUCACCAGUUUGGGUGCCGCGUAAAACAUCACCAACGAAUGCUGCACUAACAGCCAAUCGAAUGGGAAGCCAUCAUUUGCAUAAGUUGAACUGUGUUGCUAAUGAUGAUAAUGUUGGCGGAACAGGCCCGGGCGAGGAGGAAGAACCUGACACAGAUUUGGAGACGGAUAGAUUGCUGGGGCAGCAGCGUGUUGAUGAGCAAGCGUUUUACGAUGAAAAGCAGACAAUCUGGCCAAAAACAUCACGUAUUGGUGGCGGUACCGAUUCCAAUGAUCAAUCGCCCAGCACUUCGGACAUAACGAUGCUCACCACAAAUUCGGUCAGUAUUAAACCGCAAGCUUUCUCAUCAGCUACAAUACGUCAAGGCAUCGGCACAGCGUUAACGCCCAGUUCGCCAGAACAAUGCCAGAUUGUAGGCAGCGCAGAUGUUACGAUCACCUCACCCGAAAAACUGCAAUACACAAAAAGUCCAACGGGUUCUAUCAAAUCGCUCAAAGAUUCGGCGAAUAGUGACAAGAAGGCGAAGACACGCAAUAAGGAGGGACUAUUGGAUCCUGCAGUGCUAAUUGAAGGGGUCCUUUUUCGUGCACGCUAUUUAGGCUCGACGCAAUUAGUGUGCGAGGGGCAACCAACGAAAUCAACGCGGAUGAUGCAGGCCGAAGAAGCUGUGUCGCGUAUUAAGGCUUUGGCACCAGAAGGCGAGAGCCAACCCUCGACAGAAGUCGAUCUAUUCAUAUCAACCGAAAAGAUAAUGGUGCUUAAUACAGACCUCAAGGAGAUUAUGAUGGAUCAUGCCUUGCGCACAAUCUCCUACAUUGCAGAUAUCGGCGAUUUGGUUGUGUUAAUGGCGCGUCGUCGGUUUGUGCCGUCCGACUCGUGUGGCUCCGACGUUGACGUCACAAAUGGCUGUGGUAAUGGCAAUAAAGAUGCUCAAGAGAACGGCACGGGCUGCGGCACUAGUGCAAAUACCAGUGGUUGCGGCAGCGCCAUUGCCAACGGCACCACUGCCAAUGGCAUCAGCAGCUGCAACAUUGGCAACGGUAGCAAUAAACAUAAUCGCACACCAAAAAUGAUUUGCCAUGUUUUCGAAAGCGAUGAGGCACAAUUCAUUGCACAAUCAAUUGGCCAAGCCUUUCAGGUGGCCUAUAUGGAAUUCCUAAAAGCGAAUGGCAUUGAAGAUCACAGUUUUGUGAAGGAGAUGGAUUAUCAGGAGGUGCUCAAUAGUCAGGAGAUAUUCGGCGAUGAACUGGAAAUCUUCGCCAAAAAGGAAUUGCAGAAAGAGGUUGUUGUACCAAAGGUGAAAGGUGAAAUACUCGGUGUGGUGAUAGUGGAAAGCGGUUGGGGCUCGAUGCUACCCACCGUGGUGAUAGCUAAUCUAAUGUCGACGGGUGCUGCGGCGCGUUGUGGCCAAUUAAAUAUCGGUGAUCAAUUGAUUGCCAUUAACGGCAUGAGCUUGGUGGGCCUGCCGCUGUCCACAUGCCAGAGUUACAUACGCAACGCCAAAAAUCAGACAGCGGUCAAAUUUACUGUGGUGCCGUGUCCACCGGUGGUUGAGGUGAAAAUCAAACGACCAAACACCAAAUAUCAGCUGGGAUUUAGUGUGCAGAAUGGCGUGAUUUGCAGCUUGCUGCGUGGCGGCAUUGCGGAACGCGGUGGCGUGCGCGUUGGCCAUCGCAUAAUAGAGAUCAACAAUCAGAGUGUGGUGGCGGUGCCGCAUGAAAAAAUAGUCAAUCUGCUCGCUACAUCUGUGGGCGAGAUCUUAAUGAAGACUAUGCCUACUUCAAUGUUCCGUUUACUUACGGGGCAAGAGAAUCCCAUAUACAUCUAAACAUUAAACUUAACUGCUUCACUAUUUCACAUACAUACAUACCUACUUACUGUAUUAGAAAUUACAAUAUUUUUGUUUGAUUUAAUUUAAUGGGUUUUGCAACUUUUGUGCUAAAUUAAUUAUAAUAUUUUCUUGCAUAACACCUUACGAACACGUACUAUUUACACUCAAAUAAGCUGUACUAUUAGCUAAGUAAGUGCAAUAAUUUGAAGAAAACAGAGAAGCGAGGUGGCGAGCAUAAUUUGCGCCAAAGUACAGUGAUGUAUAAAAUUUUGGUCACAUAUUUUGCAAUUUGUUAUAACUAAAUAACUAAAAACAUCGCUUCGAAAAACACUUUAUGCCUGAAUAUCCUCACACGUGCAUAUACCAAAAGUCUCGUGACAUUCUCAUGCGGAUCGCGCCAGACUUAUAUGAUAAUAAUUUCACUUAUAUACAUACAUACUCGUACAUAGAUAACAUAUUUUUUACUGCUAACUUACAAAUUAUAACUAUGUAUCACUAAACUAUGGACUCUACACACCUAAAUUUAUAAGCAAUUGCUUUUUCUAUUCAAAACGAUAAUUUAAAAUUAUGUAAACAUGUAAACAUAAAAAAAAUGUAAUUUAAAUUUUGAAAUGUUCAUAAAAGUUGAAUGGCUUCAAUCUCAGAUGCUGUCAUCUGUAGCAGAAUCAAAACAAAAGUAAAACACAAAAAGAAAAAAACAAAAAACGCUGGCAAAGAUGCUGUGCCGCGCGAACGUCAAACAAAAAAUCACUGCUAUACCAACAACAAAAGCGAAAUCACUAAAUGCAUACAAAUAUUUAUAAAAGACUGACAAUGUUUUAAGUUUUUUAUUUAUUGCGCAAAAGCAAAAAGCGAACCACUAAACAACAGUUAA